CCGGCCGUCUGGUGGCCCGAGGUGGCCGCGGGCCGGCGCGGGGCGCGAUGAGCGGCGCCUGCACGAGCUACGUGAGCGCCGAGCAGGAGGUGGUGCGUGGCUUCAGCUGCCCGCGGCCAGGGGGCGAGGCGGCCGCCGUCUUCUGCUGCGGCUUCCGCGACCACAAGUACUGCUGCGACGACCCGCACAGCUUCUUUCCCUACGAGCACAGCUACAUGUGGUGGCUCAGUAUUGGAGCCCUUGUGGGCCUGUCCGUAGCAGCUGUGGUUCUCCUGGCCUUCAUUGUCACUGCCUGUGUGCUCUGUUACCUGUUCAUCACAUCAAAGCCCCACACGAAGUUGGACCCAGGCUUAAGCUUACAGCCUACAGCCUGCUGUUUUCCAGACCCCAAGGAGGAGGCGCCCCGUGACUGCCUAGGUGGGAAUACAGGCAAUUUGAUGGAAGUGCCAGGAGUGAGCGCUCUUGGGCAGAAUCACCCUUUCCUGAACCCACGGCUGGACUGCAAUGAGGAGCAGGCUAAGGACUCCAGAUGCCUUCUCCAGCACUGCUUCAUGGCCACAGUGACUGCCAACGACAUUCCAGGCAGUCCUGAGGAAGCCUCUGUCCCAAACCUAGACCCAUAUGGACCAGCCCCAUAAAUAUCCAAUAAAUGUCUCUACAUCAUC